CAGCUGUCAAUCGGAUUGAAAAAUUGAAUAACAAACAAUUUGAAAACGGAUAGACAAGGAUAGAGAGCACUGAAAUAAAUGUCGCUGCGAAGUAUCAACAAUUUGGAAAUGUUCCUAAGACGCUGCACGGCGCCCACGUUACGGCGCUGCUAUGCGGCCAGCGUCAGCAGCACAACAGCGCACACUGCCGGCGGCAGCGACAGCAACAAAGGCAGCAGCGGCGACAGCAGCAACAACAAAGAGAAGAACAAAUCCGGCUGGCGCAGUGUGCUGCGCUUCUGUGUGCCCUUCUCCCUGGGCGCCCUGGUCAGUGCCGUGCUGAUACUGCCAGACGAUACUGCCACGCCCACAGUCGCCGCCCGUUCGCUGACCGGCCGCCGCAAGGAAUUCAAUUUCAUCGCUGACGUGGUGGCCGGCUGCGGGGACUCGGUGGUGUACAUUGAGAUCAAGGACACGCGCCACUUCGACUACUUCAGCGGCCAGCCCAUAACGGCGUCGAAUGGCUCGGGCUUCGUGAUCGAACAGAACGGACUGAUACUGACCAAUGCCCAUGUGGUGAUCAACAAGCCGCACACCAUGGUGCAGGUGCGACUGUCGGACGGGCGCACCUUUCCCGCCACCAUCGAGGACGUGGAUCAGACCUCCGAUCUGGCAACGCUGCGCAUCCAGGUCAGCGGCCUGCCCGUGAUGAAGCUCGGCAAGAGCAGCACCCUGCGCUCCGGCGAGUGGGUGGUGGCGCUGGGCAGCCCCUUGGCGCUGAGCAACACGGUGACCGCGGGCGUCAUCAGUGCCACGCAGCGUGCCUCCCAGGAGCUGGGCCUGCGCAAUCGUGACAUCAAUUACCUGCAAACGGACGCGGCCAUCACCUUUGGCAACUCGGGCGGGCCGCUGGUGAACCUCGAUGGCGAGGCCAUUGGCGUCAACUCCAUGAAGGUCACCGCUGGCAUCAGCUUUGCCAUACCCAUCGACUAUGUGAAGGUGUUCCUGGAGCGUGCCGCCGAGCGCCGCAAGAAGGGCUCCGCCUACAAGACGGGCUAUCCGGUGAAGCGGUACAUGGGCAUCACCAUGCUCACCCUCACGCCGGACAUACUCUUCGAGCUGAAGUCGCGCAGCCAGAAUAUGCCCGCAAAUCUCAGCCACGGCGUGCUCGUGUGGAAGGUCAUUGUGGGCUCCCCGGCGCACAGUGGCGGCUUGCAACCAGGCGACAUUGUUACACACAUUAACAAGAAGGAGAUCAAGAACUCCUCGGACGUGUACGAUGCGCUGGCCGAGGGCCACAAAGUGCUGGAAAUUGUCAUCCUUAGAGGCGUGAAGCAAAUGCAAGUGAAAAUUACACCAGAGGAUCCAUAGGUGUAGGCUGCGCUCUUCCACUUCCACCUGCCGCUGCUCCUAUUAG